AAUAAGUCAUUAGUUCAAGGCAAAACUAUGAAGCUCUGCGUCUAUUUUCUAGCCAUCUUGAGCUCCUCCCUCGCUCUGCCUUCGCCAGUGCAAGAGUUGGCCUGGGAGGACAUCAAGGGGGAGAACGUUUACAUCGAACCCAUCAGCAACUACACAGUAGAUGCAUCUGUCGGAGGGAGAGUUAUUGGAGGGAUGACUGUCACCCCCAACUCUGUACCGUACCAAGUAGCCAUUUACAUCAACGGUCGCAGUUUCUGUGGUGGUUCCUUGAUCUCCCGCAACUUCGUCCUCACCGCUGCUCACUGUACCGUCAGCGCUUCCUUCGUCGAGCUCAUCUUCGGCGCUCACAACGUCCAAGCGGCAGAAUCCACUCAGGUGAGGGUAACAAGCAUGAACAUCAUCAACCAUGGCCAAUAUAAUCCAUCUACUCUGCUCAACGACGUAGCGUUGGUCAGGAUUCCAAGCGCCAUCUCCCUCAACGCCAAUAUUCAGAUUGUCGCCCUCGCUCCUGCAACAGCAGGAACUUACGCGGGAUCUGUCGCUCGCUUGACUGGCUGGGGAAGGAUUUCCGACGCCAUCGACGUAAUUUCACCCACCCUUGGAGGAGUCAACCUUAACAUCAUCACCAAUUCUGUAUGCGCCAGUAGUUUCGGGAAUAUUAUUCAAUCAUCGACUAUCUGCACCUCUGGAGCCGGUAUCGUUGGCGCAUGUAACGGCGAUUCAGGUGGUCCUUUGACAGUCAACGGCAUCCAAGUUGGUGUAACUUCCUUCGUCGCCUACAGAGGAUGUGAGUUAGGUCUUCCAAGUGGUUUUGCAAGGGUCAGCGCAUUCAGGAGCUGGAUUGCUGCAAACUCUGAUGUAUCUUUGUAAAAACUUUAAAGGAAAUAAAAGAAUAGUAAAAUGUC